CCUCUGAAAGACUGCUUGCCAAGCCUUGGGGACUCUGAAUGAAAGGAAUUCACAGUCGUGUAAAUAAGAGACGUUUUGCCGGGACCCAGACUCUGCUUCUUGCUUUCUAAGGAAGCCUGGGUCAGAACAGGAUCUGAAAGCACAGGGUAAAAAAAAAAAUAUCCCAAUUUUUUCAGUCCUGCAUUGGUAACCUUUUCCUCAAUUAUUUUUUCCCAGUGGUGCUGUACGCUCCCGACAUCGUGCUGAUCGAGCGGAAUUUGGGAAAGAGAGUGGAUGAAAUGACUGGAGAGGUGUAUCAUACGACUUUUGAUUGGCCCGCCGAUGACAUCAUCCGUUGGCGUUUGAAGGCCCCUGAAGGCAUAUCUGAGAAGGAGACCUCUCAGAGGUUGCUGGAAUAUCACCGGAACGUCCCAGGGAUAGUCCAGUCCUUUGAGAAGUCCAUCAAGCUGAUCAAUGCAGACCAACCCUGCGCAGAUGCCUUCUGGCAAG